AUGGAGCUGCACAGCUUGCAGGAGGCGUUAAGAGUGGAAAUCCAAAGUCAUCAGAACGGUGAUCUUAAGAAACAAAUCCAUGAGAGGCAAUCGAGAAUAGCAGCUCUUAAUGACAAACAAAAGCUGGGAGCCCUGACAGCUGUGCCUGUAACCGGGCCAGAUGUUAGCACUAUGGGCCGGCUCAUUGGUAGUAGUGGGGGAUUGCUCCCUCAAGUUAGGCCAAAGACCCUGAUUCCAGACAGCCUCCCUGUUUCUCCAUGCAGAGAUCAACUUUCGAAACAACCACCUACAUUCCAAAAGGCAACUGUUGUCAGCAUCAAAACCCCAACUCCUGCCCUCCCGACUGCCAAUAACACCGUUAGCCAUGUACAGACAUUCAACAGCCAGCUGCAAAGUGUUACUGAGCCUACAGCUAUCUCAUCGCCCCUGAACAGCACCGGGGUGGCCUAUGCCAUCAUCUCUACAUCCCCCAACAGCGUGACUCCCAUCAGCACUACCAGUGCAGCCGUCUCUGUGGUUAAAGACAGCAUCAAAGUGCAACCGCUCCUCAUCAGUGCCGACAGCAAGGUCAUCAUCAUUCAACCUCAAGUUCAAGCCCAGACAGAAAUUAAAGUGGAGACAAAGAAGCCUCCUGGAGAGUCAGCUCAGGGACUGCCUGCUACCAAAAAGAAAAAGGAGGAGAAUCCAGAGAAAAUUGCCUUCAUGGUAGCAUUAGGCCUGGUUACGACAGAAUACUUGGAAGAAAUCCAGAGCAAACGCCAAGAGAGAAAGAGAAGAAGCACAGCCAACCCAGCCUACAGUGGACUUUUGGAAACAGAGAGGAAGCGCCUUGCAUCAAAUUAUUUGAAUAAUCCCUUGUUCCUGUCCACAAGAGCCAAUGAGGAUCCAAGUUGGAAGAAUGAAAUCAACCAUGAUGAACACUGUUCAGCAUGCAAGCGUGGUGCCAACUUGCAGCUCUGUGGAAUGUGUCCCAGAGCCUAUCACCUCAACUGCUUGGACCCUCCCUUAAAGACAGCCCCCAAAGGGGUCUGGGUCUGCCCCAAGUGCCAAGAAAAGGUGUUCAAGAAAGAGGAAAGUACGCCAUGGUCUGGAACGCUGGCUAUCGUUCAGUCCUAUGUUACUCAUAAAACAGUCAAAGAAGAGGAAAAAAGGAAGUUAUUAAAGAGAAGCAGCGAAUUGAGGGAAGAAUAUAGGCAGCUAGAAGAAAAAGAAAACCUUCUCAACAAUGCAACAAAGAAGCGCUUAGAGCUAAAAAACAGCCUCUUGGCCCAGCAGAAAGGGGUUCAGUUAUCUCUGGAACGCCUCAAAACUCUCAUUAGACUGAUUCAGAAUGAGCCGAUGAUUCAGGUUACCAUGACAACCACCACCACCUCCUCCCUGCUGACUGUUCCCUGGAUCAAGCCUUCUUCUGCCUCAGCUGCUGUGGUACACAAAGCCCUGCAGCCAACACAGGGUAACAAUUGA